CUCCUAAAUUAUCCCAGAACACAAAGUCUAACAGAGGCCAUAUACACUCCAUUGCAGCAAACAGCAGUUGAAGCUUCCUCUUUUGUUCCCAUGGAGACUCUGCUUCGAUUUUGCAUUCGACCUCUAUUAUCUCAUGGAUUCGAGGUAUUUUCUUGCAAUUUCUCUAUGUUUCUUUUGUUUUUCCCCGAUUUAUCCCUUUCGGUCCCAGGACAGCUCUUUCUCUUUCCCUUCGAAGCAGCUCUCUUCCUCUCGCUGGAACGUGGUCUCCCGUCAGAACAUCAUCUCUUCGCAGCUCUCCAAUUUGAAAAUCCCACUGCAUUAUCAAAGGACUUAUGGAUUUCAUUAAUAGCUGCAAAAGAAGGAAAUUUUCUCGAAGCUGAGAGGAUUUUCUUGGGAGGUCCAGAAAGUGCAGGAAAAUUUUUUCAGUGUACCGAGAGAAGGGGAAGAGGAGGACGAGGACGAAGAGAGAGCGUGACGAGAGUGUCUUUGAAUUCGGGUGGCUCCACCAGAUUGAGAAGGAGGUCGAACCUUUUCUUGGUGUUGUGUAAGUGCUUCAGCAUCUUGACCUCCUCUACAGUCGUUCUCUGUAUUGCUGUUACUGUUCUCUCCGCCAUUCGAUCUUUCAAGGACGGAUAUGAUGUUUUCGAUGGGAUAUUUCGGUGUUAUGAGGUUUUGAUUGCAGCUUUUGUGGUUCUAGCUGAGACAGAGUGGGAACUCAUCAAAUUCUUGAAGAUCAUGCAGGAGUGCUUUCCACUGGUUCGCUGAGAAUUUAUUUGCUAGUGUUGUUGGUUUGUAUCAGCAUGAUUCUAUAUCAGAUAUAGAUCCAGAGUACUUGUCCAAGAAUCAAUGGAUAUAUAAGGUUGAGUUGGCAAGUUAUGUAAAGCAGCUUUAUGCACAAACCUCUGAAUCAGCUAGUUAUGUAUGGCACGACAUUGGUCUUCCAACAAGUAGGAUGCUUGUUUGGUACAAGUCAACAUUCUCAGCUUCUCUUGGUACUGAUCCAGUUGUGGUUGAUUUGAUGGGAUUGGGAAAAGAAGAAGCUUGGAUAAAUGUCAGAGCCUUGGAAGGUAUUGGCCAAAUUUUGAAGCCAAUGAAGAUGGUUGCAGUUAUAUUUGUAAUUAUCGUGGAGCAUACAAUAGUAAUAAGUGCCUAACCAAUUGAUCAUUACAGCGUUAAUACUUAAUUGCUCGAGCUCCUGUGAAUCCUGCACGGGAACAGAAUAACAUUACUUGGAGGACCCGUCUUAAACGACAUUGUUUUGGCCUUUGAAACAAAGAAAAACCACUAUUAUUGUAUCUUCCCAUUCAAUUUGUACAAAAACUGAAAGUAACUACCAAUAGAAUUUUGAAAGAUUUCUGUUUAGUGCUGAAAGGAACAUUUUGUUAUCCUUUUAGUUGUUGUAUGCGUGUGUUAUGCAAUGUUGUAAGAAUGUAAUUAAUAGCUCAAGUGCUUAAUGUGUGAUUUGGUAAAAAAGUCGUUGGUUUCAUGUA